CCUCCAUCGAGCGCACUAUCAUGUUUCAACUUCGCCGAGGCUUCUUGCAUGCGACGUCUGCUCGGUCGUCGCUCCGCGCGUUCCAUGCGUCUCGAACAUCCAUGAUGCCUCAGAUCUCGUUCAACUUGGCAGAUAUCGGCGAAGGGAUUGCGGAAGUCGAGGUCUUGCAGUGGUUUGUCAAGCCUGGCGACAAAAUAUCGCAAUUCCAAAACCUUGUCGAAGUGCAAAGCGACAAGGCCACCGUCGAGAUCACAUCCCGCUUUGACGGUGUCGUGACCAAGCUCCACUACGACGUUGGUGGUAUGGCCAAAGUCGGCAGCGCCUUGAUCGACUUGGACGUGUCGGACGAAAUUGCCGCCGCCCAUAAUGCAGGAGCCGCCUCCAAGAAGCCCGCGGCAGGCGCCAAGAAAGUAGAACAAUUGAAGAAGGCAGCAACCCCGACUCCCAUCAAAUCGUUGCAUGCUCCUGUCGUCCCGACUCCUCAAGCCCCAGUCUCGGUCGCGCCUGCGUCGUUGUCCUCGAUUGUUCGAACCAAGACGGGCAAGGUCUUGACGACGCCGUCCGUUCGCCGAUUGGCGCGUGAGCACAACAUCGACUUGGAGGACAUUCCCGUUGAAGGAGAUCGAAUCUUGAAGGGAGACAUCCUCAACUACAUCCGCGAAUUGUCCGAGGCCAAGUUUCAACCCGCCCAGGCUGCUUCUCAAGCUUCUGCAGAAAGCUCUCAUGAGGUCGCCGGCACAACUUCUUCCUCGAAGGGUGUGGAAUUCCUCACAGAAAGUCAAGUCGUGCCUGUAAAUCCUAUUCAAAAGAUGAUGGUCAAGUCCAUGAACGCAGCGCUGAAGGUGCCGCACUUUGGCUACGCCGACGAGAUUGAAAUGGAUGCUUUGGACGAACUCCGACAGCGCCUCAAAGUCGUCGCUGCCGAACGCGGCAUCAAGAUCACGUACCUGCCAUUGAUGAUCAAGGCUGCUUCCCUGGCUCUGAAGUACUACCCUGUGCUCAACUCGUCCGUGAGCGAAUGCGAAGGCUUCAUCACGCUCCAUGCGCACCACAACAUUUCGGUCGCCAUGGACACCCCCAAGGGCCUUUUAGUGCCCAACAUCAAGAACGUCGAGUCCAAGUCGAUCCUGGAAAUCGCUGAAGACUUGAGCAGACUGCAAGGGCUGGCGACGGCGGGCAAAUUGGGCCCGAACGACCUGACGGGCGGGACCUUCUCACUGUCCAACAUUGGGAGUAUCGGCGGGACGUACAUGGGCCCUGUGAUCAUGGUGCCGCAGGUCGCGAUCGGCGCGAUCGGAAAGAUUCAGACACUGCCGCGCUUCAACAAGGCGGGCGAGGUCGUGCCGGUCAAGAUCAUGAACGUGUCGUGGAGCGGAGACCACCGGAUCAUCGACGGCGCGACCAUGGCGCGCUUCUCGACCAAGUGGAAGAACUUUUUGGAGAACCCGACGUCCAUGUUGUCGGAACUGAAGUAAAGGCAACGUGUGGUGUGGUGGCCGAUUAAUAUAGAGACCCAGCAAACUUUCCCCCGUUCGUCUUUCGAGGUCUCGCGUGCCGCCACCAAUUUGUACACAAGUUCAUCUUUCGAUA